CGCAGCCACUAUCGCCAGCCCAACCACCGCUACCACCACCACUACCACCAUUUUUUGAAGCUUUUUCCGGUUCUGGGACUUGAAGUGCAUAUUGGGAAUUUCGAAUAAUGCCACCUUAUGCACCGAUGAUGCCUCCAAGCGGCAGAAAGGAAUCCAACAUCGUCACCAUCGACGUUGGCGGCCAGAUUUUUCAGACUACCAAACAAACCCUAACCCUAGCCGGCCCCAAAUCUCUGUUCUCCAAGAUUUUAGACUUGCCGAAGUCGGCCCAGAUCGGAUUUCCCUUCAUCGACCGAGACCCGGACUUGUUUUCAAUCCUUCUGUCUUUGCUUCGUACUGGUAAUCUUCCGUCAAAGGCCAAAGCUGUUGAUCUCCAAGACCUCUUUUCGGAAGCCAAAUUCUAUGGUAUUGAGAGCCUUCUCGUCUCUUCUCUAUCUAACCCAUCUCAGUUCGACGCCUUCAAUCUUGAGAAAUCGCUGAUUUUGCCGUUGAACGGCAGGGAUUCGCCGUCGGCGAUAUCGACCACGAUGUUCGGGUCAGUGCAUGUCGCCCAUGGCUCUAAGAUCACGUCUUUUGAUUGGUCUCUGCAGAGGAAAUCCACAAUUUUGACGCGGUUCUCCGCCGUCGACUCUCUCCUCGCUUUAUCGCCGUCAGUGGUGGCUGCCGGGGCCACGGACUUUUCGGGUUUGCAGAUUCUCGAUCUCGAAAACGGGUAUGUGAAAGAGACCUUGAAUUGGGAAAACGUGACCAGGUCUAGUUCAACAGUUCAAGCAAUUGGGUCCUCCUCUAAAUUCUUGUUCACUAGUUUUGAAUCGGGCAGGCGAAAUUCAAAUUCGAUCGUUGUUUUUGACAUCGAAAACUUGAAGCCGAUUUCUGAAAUUGGUACGAAUGAAAUUUAUGGUGCUGAUCUCGAUUCAGGCAUUCCCGCAACGAAAUUGAGUUGGAUUUCGGAUUAUAAUCUGUUAAUGGCAUCUGGAUCUCAUAGUGGGCCUUCAGGAGUAUGCGGCAACAUCAAAUUAUGGGAUGUGAGGUCUGGAAAUUUAGUAUGGGAAUUGAAGGAGAAAGUAGAUUGCUUUUCAGAUGUCACGGUUUCAGAAAACUUGUCUGCAAUUUUCAAAGUUGGUGUGAAUUCAGGGGAGGUGUUCCUCAUGGAUUUAAGAAAUCUCGGUGCUAUGAAUACAUGGGUUCCCACCGGGGAGACGAGAAGGGCGGUUAAUGGGAAAAAAGAAGGUGUCGGGUGUAAGAUUGAAAGCCAUGGGAAUCAAGUUUUUUGUAGUAAGGGAGGGAAUUUGGAGUUAUGGUCUGAGGUUUUCAUGGGUUCUACGAUAAAGAGUGAAGAUGGGUUGCAGGAGAGGGUAUAUAGGAGGAACUUGAUGGGUAGAGCAAAGGACAUGGGAGGAUCAAGGAUAACCCACUUGAGCUUUGGGGGGAACAAAAUGUUUGUGACAAGGAAAGACCAGCAGUCUGUCGAGGUUUGGCAGAGUUCAGUAAGGGGAUUUUGAUCUUGAAACAAGUACACUUGAAAUCUUGGGAUUUAUUAAUAUUGAAAACUAGCUGUUAGUUUGAUUCAUUUGUAAAUUAUAUUGGUAUUCUGUCAAGCCCUUAAUUGUUCAUAUGGGGUUCUAUGAGAUUUAUAGACAAUUAUCAAUUGUUAUCAAUUUAUAAGAAUUGGGUUUCAUGAAAUCGAAAGGCAAUUAUUUGAGGUUAA